AUGGUCUAUAACAACAGCUACCCGGUGAACUUGGGAACCGUGCUCACGCCAACCCAAGUGCAGAACAAACCGACCUUCCUGAGGUGGCCUUGCCGAGGGGACUCCCUCUACACUCUGGUCUUCCUGGACCCGGACGUGCCGAGCCGGGAGAACAGGACGCUGGGCGCCUUCCAGCACUGGCUCGUCGGCAACAUCCCCGGCUGCCACGUGAACCGCGGGACGACGCUGACGCAGUUCAUCGGCUCCGGCCCGGGAGAAGGAUCGGGUUUUCACCGUUAUACUUACCUGAUCUACCUACAGCCUAAGGAAAUAGAAUUUGAUGAGCCUAAAAUUAGCAAUACUUCAGCCAUCGAGCGCCCGUUGUUCAACCUGAUGGACUUCGCCGCCAAGUACUGGCUGACUCUCCUCGCUGGCAACUUCUACCGCGCGCAGUACGACUCCUACGUCCCCACGCUCUACGCACAGCUGGGCAUUUAA